AUAACUUGGUACAGCUAAGGAAGGGAAAUAUAGGUAAAAAUGUAACCACUACAUUUUUACUCUUUAGUUAGCAUCAAAUAAUAUUGUAAAACUUUGCCCUGUAAUUAAAAUCGAAGGGAGUAACAAUCUUUUCUUAAUAUUGACCAACUUGAUUAAGUAUGCCCUAUGAUUAGGAUUGGAGGGAAAAUAUAUCAUCUUAAUUACCUGAGCUCUUGGACUUGCACAUCCAUCCAUUUAGAAGUACCUUAUUCCUUCUGAAGCGACAGAUGUCAAUCCCUCCAAACUCACCAUGGAGAGGGGCUGCAGCAGCCUAUGCACAGCCUUUGAAUCAAGAUGAGAUUUUAGGAGUCCAAGCUUUGGUGGAACAAGUUUACCACGUAAAUUGUCGCCUUCCAGGAAAUCCACCUCUUCCUGAUAUCAUCUACAGAAGCAGUGAAGAUGACGAAAAUACAAGGAGGUAUGUGUUCCGUUGGGACUUGACUCCCUAUCAACAAGUCUUUGUUCAUGGACUUGAAGCAAGACGUGAAGAAAACACUCCCGAGACCACUUACUUCAAUUUGUGUCACUAUGUCCAUAAUGCUGGUAGGCCUCUUGACUCAACUAGGCCAACAACACAUGCUUUCAUUAGCACCACACCUAGUAGUGCAUGGCAUCCAGAUCCCGAUCUCCAACCUGGACAAUCCAUGCGAGUUUUUUCGUUAUGAGAUCAAUGCUCCUGGUGGCAUUUGGGUUUCUCAGACCUUGGGUAAUCAUUAUAGAUUCCCGGCUCAAGACGAAGUUACAUUCAUUGGUGCCAUUGCACCUCAAUACAUUCGCUCUGCUCAAUUA